AUGUGGACAAUUAAUGAUUUCCCCGCCUAUGGAAACUUAUCUGGUUGUGUUGUUAAAGGAUAUAAAGCUUGUCCAAUAUGCGGCGAUGAUACACCUAGUCACAGGUUGAAAAAUGGCCACAAAAUUUGUUACAUUGGGCAUAGAAAAUGGUUACCAAUCAAUCAUCCAUAUAGGAGGCAACGUGCAGCUUUUAAUGGGAAACCUGAAUAUUGCAUGCCUCCCGAGCCAUUAACCGGAGAAGAAGUGUUGCAUAUGGUUGAAGAUGGUGACACAGUUUGUUGGAAGAAGAAAUCAAUAUUCUUUGAUCUCGAGUAUUGGAAAUACCUUCCUGUGAGGCAUGUCCUAGAUGUUAUGCACAUUGAGAAGAAUGUUUGCAAUAGUAUCAUUGGUACAUUGAUGGAGAUCCUUGGAAAAAAUAAAGAUGGGAUUGCUGCUCGAUUAGAUUUAUUGAACAUGGGGGUCAAAACUGAUUUGCAACCGGAGUAUGGAGAAAGACGUACUCGUUUGCCUCCCGGGCCUUGGAAUUUAUCAAGAGCAGAGAAGAGAGAGGUUUGCAAUUCUUUCUAUGGUAUGAAGGUCCCUGAAGGUUAUUCUUCAAAUAUAAAAAAUCUUGUAUCUUUACAAGAUUCAAGACUUCUUGGCCUUAAAUCACAUGAUUGUCAUACCUUAAUGCAACAAUUGCUCCCUGUGGCAAUUCGUUCUGUUUUGGAGAAGCAUGCAAGGAAUGCAAUAACUCGUUUGUGCUUCUUCUUCAAUGCUAUAUGUGCAAAGACUGUUGAUGUUUCCAAGUUAGAUAAGUUGGAAGAAGAUGUAGUAGUUACUUUGUGUUUGCUUGAGAAGUACUUUCCCCCUUCAUUCUUUGAUAUCAUGGUUCAUCUAGUAGUACAUCUUGUCAGAGAAGUUCGUCUAUGUGGGCCAGUAUAUUUUAGAUGGAUGUAUCCGUUUGAAAGAUAUAUGAAAGUGCUAAAGGGGUAUGUUCAGAAUCGUACUCGUCCCGAAGGUUGCAUUGCUGAGCGGUAUAUAGCUGAAGAAGCUAUAGAGUUUUGUACCGAGCAUUUAUCUGAUGUUAGUACAGUUGGAGUGCCUUCAAGCCAAAAGAUGGGAGUUUCAAAGCCAUUAUCAGGUUGCACAGUGAGCGUAGUUGAUCGGGACCUGUUGAACCAAGCACAUCUAUAUGUCUUGGAGAAUACGGAGGAAGUCCUACCUUAUAUCGAGCAACAUAUGAUCCACAUCAAGACCGCUUAUCCAAAAUUUAGAAAGAGAACAAAGUGGCUGCAGGAUAAGCACAAUAGCACUUUCAUUCAAUGGCUACGCUUCAAGGUUCAAAGUGAACUUAAUGAAGAAGACAAUUAUGGCUUAUCAGAAAAUUUAAGGUGGCUAGCAGCUGGUCCAAACAUGGCAGUGCCAUUAUAUAGGAGCUAUCUUAUUAAAGGUAUUAAAUUCAACAUCAAGGCACAAGAUGAUGUGCGGACAACUCAAAUAGUGGAGUUUAUUUACUUGCACAUACUAUGCAAGUUGCUAGUGCCAAGGAUAAAAACCCAAUUAUCUCAAAUAUGGGUUUCUAUGGUGUCAUUCAAGAAAUUUGGGACCUUGACUACCAAAAGUUUACAAUCCCAGUCUUUAGGUGUGAUUGGAUAG